AUGAGCACUUUGGAUACAAAAGGUUUCACUGAAGAGCAAGAAGCUCUUGUGGUAAAGUCAUGGCAUGCAAUGAAGAAGAAUUCUGCAGAACUAGCCCUCAAGUUUUUCUUAAAAAUAUUUGAGAUUGCUCCAUCAGCUCAAAAACUGUUCUCAUUCUUGAAAGAUUCAAAUGUUCCUUUGGAGCAAAACACCAAGCUCAAGCCUCAUGCCAUGUCUGUCUUUCUCAUGACAUGUGAAUCAGCAGUUCAAUUAAGAAAAGCUGGGAAAGUCACAGUGAGAGACUCUAGCUUGAAAAAAUUAGGUGCUACACAUUUUAAAAAUAGUGUAGUAGAUGAGCAUUUUGAGGUGACAAAGUUUGCACUAUUGGAGACAAUAAAAGAUGCAGUGCCUGAAAUGUGGUCACCAGAUAUGAAGAAUGCAUGGGGAGAAGCUUAUGAUCAGUUGGUUGAUGCAAUCAAAUCUGAAAUGAAACCUUCCUCUUAA